UUCCUGAGCUGUGUUGUAAUUUGCUAUCUUGUGCUUCUCUUGAAAAUGAGGGUUUGAAAGGAAAAUGGGGAAAGGGAAUCAUGAAAGUUGUGAAGGGUUGUUUAGUUGUUUUAAAAGUUGAGAUGAAAAACAACUUCUAUGUUUGUCACGCUGAACUCGUACUUGAUUCUGUGAAUUGUGUGCAACCCUGUGUGUUAGGAAAACAGUCUAGAGUUAGUUUUCCUGAUCUGCCUAAGUGUACUGCUGUUCUUGAUUGUAUUCAUGCUGAUUUGUGUGGUCCUUAUAGUGUUUCCACUCAUGGUGGGAAAAUUUAUUUUCUUACGUUGAUUGAUGAUUUUUCAAAGAAAGUAUGAGUUUUGUUGAUUGAGAAAAAAUCUGAAGUUUUUGAUAAGUUUAAAAACUGGAAAACCCUUGUUGAAAAACAAACCGGUAAGAAAAUAAAUUUUUUAAGGACCACUGUCAGUUUUGAUUUCUGUGAUGAUCAGCUUGGUGAUUUAUGUGAUACUUGGGGUAUUUCUAUGCAUAAAUUUGUUCCCUCCACACCCCAACCGGAUGGGGUUGCUGAGAGGAUGGUUAGAACUUUAUUAGAGAGGGUGAGAGCUAUGUUAGCUUCAUCUGGCUCUCUAAUAAGUUCUGGGGGAAGCUAUUUGUUAUGCUGUUGAUUUGGUUAAUCAGUCCCCGUCUGUUCCCUUAGGAGGGAAAUGCCCUGAAUCUGUGUUCACGGGCAAACCACUUAACUUGCCAAAUUUGAGAAUGUUUGGUUGCGCUGCUUAUGUGAAUCGUGUGAAUGAUAAAUCUAAACCUAGGACUAAGGAAUAUGUUUUCUUAGGAUAUCAUGAAUGCAUGAAAGGUUAUAGGCUUUGGUGUAGGAGUGAAACUUGCUUCAUUUUUGUUGAAAAUGAAUUUCCUUGCCUGCUUGUUUCUCCUGAUGUUGCUCCAAAUGAGGUGGAUCAUUUGCUUGAUGUUCAUUCUGAUUUACUUGUUGAAACCGAACCCAAAUUUGUGGAUGAAAAUGAUUUUCAUAUUGAAAAUAAAGAAAAUAUUGUUUCUAUUAAGGUGGAGCAUCAUAUGAAUGUUAUGUGCAAUAUGCGUGAGUUGCGUGAUUGCUAUGUUAUUAGAGAUAGAGGCAUUAAGGAGCAUGAGAGAAAUAAUAUGUGCAAUGUGUUUGACUAUAUUUCCUCUGAGUCUGCUUUAAAUGUGCUUAAUUCUCUUUUAAUUAAAUCCUUUGUGAUGUUUGAUAUGUUAUUUUCUUUGUGUUUUGAAAAUGUGAUACCAAAUGAUUAUGUGAGCUCUGCCUGUGCUAGUUAUAGAAAUACUAUUGUUUCUUUUAUUUUCUGUGUACUUGCUUUGUGUGGUUGUUAGAUUAUUUGGAAUCCCCAACUUCUCCCAGAUGCUUGCUUGCGUGGUCUAUUAACAUGUGUUGUGCUUGUUAAUAGUUUUGUGAUGGUUUUGGUUCUGAACUCGAGGACCGAUUGGUAGAGUUCAGUCCAUCGUGAAUUGGGUUUGCAUGGUAAGCUUGGUCCGAAAGGGAACUUUGGUUCUCAUCUAUUACUUGUAUGAUCGCAACGAUGUACUUGUAAUGGUCCGGCGAUGAUGAGUCUCCUCACAACUUUGUAUUGCUACUCUACACCACUAAGGACCAAUAAGGUGGAGAAUGUUGGAGAGAUGCUUUCUGGAAGUUAUAUGUUCCAGACUAGAAGAUACAACCGGUUGUGGUCCAAGAACUGCUAAAAUGAAGGGUUCAACUGAUGCGUAUAAAGUGUUCGACAAAAGUCAUUAUUAACCACAAACCAGUGCACCCCCCCACCAAACAACUUCAUCUGUUUCAGAACUACAUGGAUACUACUCAUGGGAUGCAACUAGUGUAUUUCACACCCUCAGGGGAUGACUUUUUACUCUCGGAUGAAGAUGAUAUAAUGUUGCUGGUUCAAACUUAGAGAUACUACCUUGUGGGAUGUUUUACUAGAAACCUCUUAGGUUUUAAAAUUGUUGACACUUUGGUAUCGUCGUGGGGAGUCCCUUGUAAUUGCAAGAAUCCUAUCCCGGCCUAUAGUUUCUACUUUUAUAAUAUUCUAUGAUUUCAAAUUUGUAUUUCCCAG